GGAGGAAAAAAAAAAAGCGACUGGGAGUUACCUCAGCGCUUUCCGAGAUAUGAGAUCGGGCCAUUUUCCAGUCGGUCCCUUUUACUAUUAAAGAAAGAAAAUCACGAAAAUCACCGGGGAAGAAAGGCAGCGCCGCGGCCAGCUUUCGGAAAGGUAGUCCCGGUUCUGAACACAGCUAUACGUCGCCUUUCCGCGCGAGCUUGAUCAGUCGCGAUCUGCGGUGCGCGUGCACACAGAGUCUCUGCCCCCGUGCGCGCGCGCGUGUGUGUUUACAAGUGUUUGAACGAGUGCCAGAAACGAGGGAAGAAGGAGGAUAAAGCCGAGGAAGAAGGAGGGAUGGUGGACAAUUCAAGCGGUAGUAAGGCACAAAUGCCCAGCAUGUCUCAGGAGCCCAGUGUGGCCUUUCCUCAGAGCACCUCAACGGGGGGAAUGAAGCUGGAGGCAGUGAUGGAACAGCUCCAGCGCCAGCAGCAGGCCAGACUGGAAAUGGAGCGCAAGGAGAGGAAGCUACGAGAGGCCCACAUCAUGUAUGCCCAGCAGGUCGCUGCCCAGCAGGCCAUCCUAGCAGCUGCCCGGGCUUCUGGGGCCAGUUUCAUGGGCAAAGGCCUUGCUGGAGGCAUCGCUGGAGGCAUCCCAGUCAGCGGGUUGCCUCCCCGGAUGUCCAAUCAGAGCAGUGUAGACUCGGAAAGGGAGGACGACGAGGACAGAGGCCGGGACUCUGGCGAUGAGGACGACGACAAUGAAAUGAUGGAGGGGGACGAGGGCAGCGACGAGGAUGAGGGAAGUGCCAGUGGCCUGGAGUUCCUCCGCAAGCAGACGCUUGCUUUGCAGCAGAAUGCCUCCCGCAUCCCUCCCCGUCCAUACGCCAGUUACUCUGCGUCGGCCCCCCAGAGGGCCGCGUCCCCACCUAUCAGAGUGAAGCAGGAACCUGACGAGGGUCUGUCUCCUGCAGGGCCUCACUCUGCUACCUCUCCUAACGGACAGGCCGAAUGGGGCUUUGAUGAUCACUUCAGACAGAAUGGCAGUGCAGGAUGGGCAGAUGAGGCUGACAGUAGCAGAGGAAGAGGAGAGGCCUCCAGAGACUUUGCAAAGCUGUAUGAGCUGGACAAUGACCCCAAAAGGAAGGAGUUUUUGGAUGAUCUCUUUACCUUCAUGCAGAAAAGAGGAACCCCAGUCAAUCGUAUUCCCAUCAUGGCCAAGCAGGUGCUGGAUCUGUACAUGCUGUACAAGCUGGUGACAGAGAAGGGAGGCCUCGUGGAGGUUAUCAACAAGAAGAUAUGGAGAGAAAUCACAAAGGGACUCAACCUUCCUACCUCGAUUACCAGUGCAGCUUUUACUCUGCGCACACAGUACAUGAAAUACCUCUACCCGUAUGAGUGCGAGAGGAAGGGUCUCAGCUCCCCAGGUGAGCUUCAAGCUGCCAUCGACAGCAACCGACGUGAGGGUCGUCGUCCCAGCUACAGCAGCAGCCUCUUCCGCUUCUCUCCGUCUCCCAGCACAGCUCCACACAUCCUCUCACCUCCCAAGAUGCACCUUUCAGCUCUGGGCGCAGGGACCUCAUUGGCCCUCAACGGUCUGCAGGCCUCACCGGGACCCUCUUUGAAGAAAGAAGACCUGACUCCCUCACUCAUGGCAGCGAGACCCACCAUGGCACUGACCCUGGGACAGCAGCAGGUAGCUGGUUUGGCAAGAGCCGCCACACUGGAGCAGCUCAGAGAAAAGCUGGAGACCGGAGUGGGAGAGGGGCCUGAGAAGAAGAUGGCCCGUCUGGCAGAGGAGCAGCAGCGCCUGAUGCAGCAAGCUUUCCAGCAUAACCUGCUGGCCAUGGCUUCCCAAAUGCCCAUGAACCUGCGACUGGGAGCCCCUACCAUCACCACCAGAGAAGAGAAGCAGCAGGACAUGUCUCUAAGCAUCUCGACUAAUGGAAAUGCUAGCAUCACUGUCUCAGUGGAGGUUAAUGGCACAAUCUACUCAGGAACCCUGUUUGCCCAGAAGUCUGGGGGGGCCCCGGGGCCUGCUGUGUCCGCCGCUGCUGCUGCUUCAGCCUCUCCUGCUGGAACCAGCACCAGCUUCGGCUUCUCCAUACCCCAGGCUCAGACCCUCAGCCCAACGUCCUCCUCCUCCUCCAAGGGUCCUGGCUCGGCUGAGCCCGUGCCCAGCGGGUCGCCCUAACUCAGCGUGUUGUUGCUCCCCUGGCCUCCGUUUCCUCCAAGAGGCCUCGCAUGAAUAUACAGUACAAUGAAAAAACCAACAAGAAUAAGAAACUGUUGCACAACAAAUACCUCAUCAACCUGUCAACCUCUUGGCUGUCCAAUCAUGAACACAGAGCCUGAGAAUAUUAUAUGACAACAUGUGUCCAGACGCACUGCUAUGCAUUUAUCUAACACUGACACACACACACACACACACAAACACACACACACAGCGCUAAAGACACAUACAACCAUACAUGCACAUACACAAUCUACACACACAUACACUUGUUCAUCCUAAUGGACAUGCUAAACACAAUCAGAUCAGCCAAAACCCACUGACAGGUGUAGUCACAACUGAACUUGAAAAGUUUUAUCAUAGAACAUUUUGUUUGUUUGUUGCCAUUUUGUUGUCUUUUUGAUUUUGUGUUUUAGAAUGAUUUUGUUUUUAGUUUUUCUCUUUUUACAUACCUCAAAUCAAGUAACCUGCAGUGGUGUCUUUACCUCAGGAGCUGUAGUAUAUUUAACCUGAAUCAACUUUAUUUUUGUAUUCUUUUUGACCUAGUUGCAAUCAGGGGAAGUCGGGUAACUCUAACCAGUGGAGCCUCUUCAUCAGAGCGUCCACCUCGCAGUGAUAGGCCUCCAACCCGGGCCGCUCAGGUUUCUUGCUGUAGCCUCUUGCUGAACUCAAACUGGUGAAUGAUCGGCUGCUGUAGAUCAGCACACUUAAAUACCUCAUUUCACAACUGCCCUCAGUUGAGAUCACGUAAAAACUAGCGGAAGUUAAAGUACAACUAUUUGCAAGCUGUCUUUAACUAAUUAGCACGCAAAACUGGGGGAACGGCAACUCUCAUUCACGCACAACAAGCCUGGUAGACCACGAGCUCACGUCUCCACCCAGAGAGCUACACAGAGGUCGUACUGAGGCGCUCCUAGCCCCUAGAACUAGACCUGAGUUUAUUGUCUCCCGUUUUGUCCGUGCGUCCUUCUUCCAGCUACAGCCACACGGCUGAAUGUUGAGGCACAUGCUGUUAGUGCAUAUUUAUCAGACCUCAUACCGGCCUCUCCGCUCGCGAGGGCAUCUCUCUCAGGAAGCAAUGUGACAACUGCAAGGAAUCACUGUUAAUUUAAAGAAAAACAACAACAAAAAAAAAACCAUACCUGAAGAAUGCACAAGCAUACAUGACUGUUUGAAGAAUACCUCAGACUCUCUGAAAAGGAGAGUCAAACCUCAUACCUCAUACGGCUGCAAAGCCAAUCGAGACUUGACGCCCCCCCCCCAGUCCCGUCUGAACGGAAACUGACAUGGAUGUGCUGAUACGCUGCUGUUGGUUUUUGGGGACAAAGAACUGGGACGGGCUUGCUUUCUCUCUCCUGUAUUUACUUGUAGAACCUGUUUCAUGCUUGCUUCUCCUUGCAUUUUUAUUUUUAUUUUAUUUUUUUAUUUUAUUUUAUUUUAUUUUUUUGUUCCUCAAGUUGUUGUCUGAGAAGAGUGGUAUAUCUGCAUUUUUUUCAGGGAAGAGGAACAGAAGUGUCCUCACUUAUUCAUGUAGAUUUGUAGGAUUUUGAAAAGGCUUCAAAGGUCACAGGGGUCAAAAGAAAAAGGUAAAAAAAAAAAAAGAAGAAAAAAAAACGACCACGUUAACCUCAAGUUUGACUGCGAAGAAAGUAAAAAUCGCAGUUGACGUCCUCCUUCACGACAGUGGCGAAAGCAUAUGCAUGCGUACAAUCAUGUGACCAGUGUAUUAACACCUUAAUUUGCUGGUUAUUGCACAGCUAGAUACCAAAGACUGGCCCAGUCAGUCCUCCUCAGUGACCUCUUGUGCAGUCUUGAUCACGCUAGGCUAGGCUACGCCAGGCUAGGCUAGGCUAGGCUAGGCAGGCCAGUGUCUCUUUAGGACUGAAAAAAAUAAAUACUGCAUCUCUUUCAAACUAAUCAUGAGUAUUUUUCCUAAAACAAGUGAAACACCUUUAAGUGAGAUAUAAUAAUCCCCUUCUUUAACAUUUGACACUAUGACUUGAUUAUUGGAAAGGUACAGUGGAAAUAAAACUACAUUUAAAGACUCAAACUUUUAUUACAUGACAUGCACAUGUACCACGGGGCUUCUUUGGGCUGUCUAGCAGAUAUUCAAGUCUUAUUAUUAUCCAGAUCAGAACGGUGGCCACCGCAGCCUCCUGAGCUGGCUCCUUGGUUUUAAUCUUUGGCUUUUUUGGAGCUGGUUUUUAACAGAUGCAGUCCCUUUCUGUUAGUGACACACUAUACAUUACAAAUAAAAAAAGUCCCUUUUAGUAUCCAGAGACGGCUGGACAACCCGGCACCUCUUAUUGUAAGAUACUCCUCGCCCUUUAACUUUUUAGCAUUUUAAAACGCCACAGAGGAUGAGACCGGAAAAUGAACUUCCUAGCUUUAUCUUUGUUGAAUGUGAGGCAUUUUAACUGUUUAGAAACCUCUUUAAGCCCAGAGUGACCUGAGGUGGGCGGCCUUGUUGCUUUUAUUAGAUUGUAUUUUAGCUAAUAUGUGUCAGGUUUUGCAGACGUUUUGCAGUGCAGAUCACAGUUGAGGGUGCGAGGACGCUGCUGUCAGUCCUCCAGCGCACCCUUCACCACCCCGUAUGACACAGAACUGUAUUUUAUAAAGGUGAGAAGUAUAGAUGCUGCCUUAAAGUAGUUGCUGGUGAGAUCUGGUCAACUGGCUGGGAAAUGACUUCCUCCUCGAGCUUAAUCCCUUGGAGAGUCGUCACUUAUUGUUUCGGAAACAAUUCAGUCAGACGUUAGGCGCCAGUCGUCAUUCACACUGCCGCGUCAACGGCUGAGUUUUUGAUAUUUAUUCAUGUUUGUUGUUUUAUUUUGUUUUGGUUUUUUUUUUUUUUUUUUUUUUUUUCUCUCCUGGUGGACCUUGUUUUUAAUCAAUCAGACUGAGUAACUAAAGCAUUUUCCUGUUUGUAAGUCCCAGCUUUCUGUUUCAUGUGCUUAAUCUACACAAUGAAUGUAGCUUCACUGCCUUUGGAUGUCUGUUCGUGUGAGUGUGCGUGUUCGCAGGCAGGUUUAGUGCACAUAUAGUGAGUGCACCUGUAAUAACAGUAAAGAUGCUGCAGGUGGUGCCACUGAUGCAACUGUUAGUAGGGCGCUUUCUGAAAACCGGUGACUUUUUAAAGUCCAUUUAAACGAGUAGAGUUGUCUAUAUUCAUGGAGUUCCUGUUUGUUUAAGGGGGAGCCUGCUGCUGAGGGGCACUUUGUUGGGAGCUGUUGAUGUGAGUGGAAAGUGGUGAGGGUUGGUCAUCCACUGUUCCUCACCAACCCAGCGUGCAGGCUUCGACCAGAAACCCCCUGGACGCUUCACUAACUUCUUUUCACCUGACCUGCUGUGUGGAUGAGCGUGACCGUAUGCCAUGUGUUGUGCCUGUGAACUUGCAUUGUUUGUUUGUUUGUUUGUGUGUGUGUGUGUGUGUGUGUUCCCCCAACCCCUUCAGCAUACAACAAUACCUCAUGGCAGUGGGCCGCACUCAUUGUUGCGUGCGAUGUUGAAGCCGCACAGAGCAACAAGUACUGAUGAAAGCUGCGGUCACUUUGCUUAGUGUUCUUCUCUGGAUUCGGUGUCGCUUUUUUUUUUUUUUUUUUGAUUUUUUUUGUUGUCACUAGCUGCAGGCAAGGUCUCGUCACUCAGGAAGCUGUGAAGUUGGAAGUCUGCGGAACCUUUUGUCUCCGAUGAUUUUGGAGUUAAUUCAGUUUUAAAUUGUUUAAAAAAAAAAAACUAACCUGAUCUGUGUAAAAACAGGUGCAUAUGCAAGUGGUUAUCGAAUACCUCAUUUAUCAAUUUUAUGUUGUUGUUUUGGCUUGUACAAUGCUCCGUAUAUUAAUUCAACUGUGGGGUUUGUGCAUAUUUUUGUACUGUUAUUAUUAUUAUGGACAUGAUAAUAAUGAUAUUACUGAUAUUAUUAUAGUUUUCUCUUUGAUUAAAGCAAACAAACAAAAAAAAAAAAUAGGACAAAACACACGAAUGCUUGUAAAAACUGGUUUGUGCUGAUUGUAUUUAAGAGGAGCACUUUUCCAAAGUGGUUUUCACACAUUCAGUUUUGUUCAUAUUAGUUAAUAUAAAGAUAUGGUUCUCAGGGCUUUAAACUUGUAUGUCAUGAUAAAGUUUUACUUUAUAUCUUA